AUGGACAGGGACACCAAGGCAACCUCGACCGCAACCGCAACAUCAGAGGAGUCGAAAAAGAGGUUGCCGAAUUUUUUGCAGAGCGUAAAGCUGAAGUAUGUGAAACUGGGGUACCACUACCUGAUGUCACACCUGGUGACCCUGUGCCUGCUCCCUCUGAUGUCCGUAAUCCUCCUCCAAGCCUCUCAGAUGAAGGCGCAGGACAUUCAGGAGCUGUGGGGCCACCUCCAGUACAACCUCCUCAGCGUCAUCGCUAUCUCCGCCAUCCUCGUCUUGGGAUCCACCCUAUACAUCAUGACCCGCCCCACAUCCAUCUACCUGAUCGACUUCUCCUGUUACCGUCCUCCCCACCACCUCCACGUCCACUUCCAACGGUUCCUCCAUCACUCCACCCUCACUGGCGACUUCACCCCCUCAUCCCUCGAAUUUCAGCGCAAGAUUCUCCUCCGCUCGGGGCUCGGCGAGGAAACCUAUGUCCCCGAGGCUAUGCACUCCAUCCCUCCGCGCCCUUCCAUGGCCGCAGCCAGGGAAGAGGCUGAGCAGGUCAUGUUCGGCGCCCUUGACAACCUCUUUGCAAACACCCACAUCAAACCCAAGGACAUCGGAAUUAUCGUCGUCAAUUGCAGUCUCUUCAACCCUACGCCCUCCCUUUCCGCCAUGAUCAUCAACAAGUACAAGCUCCGGGGCAAUAUCAAAAGCUUCAACCUUGGAGGCAUGGGCUGCAGCGCCGGUGUCAUUGCCAUCGAUCUAGCCAAAGACAUGCUUCAGGUCCACCGCAACACUUACGCAGUUGUCGUCAGCACCGAGAACAUCACUCAGAAUUGGUAUUUCGGGAACAACAAGGCCAUGUUGAUACCCAACUGUCUCUUCCGCGUUGGUGGUGCCUCCAUUCUUCUCUCCAACAAAAGCUCCGACAAAAGACGAGCCAAAUACAAGCUUUUGCAUGUGGUUAGGACUCACAAAGGUGCAGAUGACAAGGCCUUUAGGUGCGUGUACCAGGAACAAGAUGACGUCGGAAAAAUCGGGGUGUCUUUGUCAAAGGAUCUCAUGGCCAUUGCAGGUGGGGCUCUUAAGACUAACAUAACCACAUUGGGUCCCCUUGUGUUGCCUAUAAGUGAGCAACUUCUCUUCUUUCUCACACUCGUUGUGAAGAAGCUUUUCAUCGCCAAGAUGAAGCCUUACAUCCCCGAUUUCAAGCUCGCGUUUGACCAUUUCUGCAUUCAUGCUGGUGGGAGGGCUGUGAUCGAUGAGCUGGAGAAGAAUCUGCAGCUUCUGCCACUGCAUGUGGAGGCUUCCAGAAUGACGCUGCACAGGUUCGGAAACACCUCUUCAAGUUCGAUUUGGUACGAGUUAGCUUACACUGAGGCGAAGGGGAGGAUGAGAAAGGGACACAAAGUGUGGCAGAUUGCUUUUGGGAGUGGGUUUAAGUGUAACAGUGCGGUGUGGGAAGCCCUCAGACAUGUGACCCCCUCCCCCAAGAGUCCCUGGGAAGAUUGCAUUCAUAGGUACCCGGUUCAGAUUGAGUAG